AUGACAGAUUCAGUAGAAAAGAAGGACUCGUCUACCCAAAGACAUAGUAUCGACCAUGGUCAAAUAAUCAACUACGUUCUAUCGAAUAAGUUAGCCCAACAACCAACAAAUGUACGAAACUUGGACUCAAUAGCUAUGGCCCCUGGUGCCGCCCCUAAUGAAAAGGAAGCAUCAAGGUUAUUACAAGAAGCACAAGCCAAUUUAGAGUUUUCAACCGAUACAGGGUACGCACCAGAAUUGAGAAGAAAUUUCAGCUUUAUUUCAUUAUUGGGGAUUGGCUUUGGUAUAACUAAUUCGUGGUUCGGUAUUAGUGGCUCAUUAAUUGCUGGUAUUUCUUCCGGUGGACCCAUGAUGAUCUUGUAUGGAAUCAUUAUUGUCGCCAGUGCCGCCAUGUGCAUCGCUGUAAGUUUGAGUGAAAUGGCAUCAGCUUACCCUAAUGCCGCGGGUCAGAUUUAUUGGACAAUGAAGUUGGCUCCGCGCAAGUAUUCGCGGUUGAUGGCGUAUACUACGGGGAUACUUUCUUGGUUGGGUUCGGUGUUUACUUCGGCUAGUGUCACCAUCACUAUUGCAACGGCAAUCACGGGUAUGUAUGUUUUGUUUCAUCCAGAAACUACAGUACAACGAUGGCAAGUGUUUAUUGUUUAUGAAGUGUUUAAUAUCUUGAUGUUAUUUUUCAACAUCUAUGAGGGACCGUUGCCAGCCAUUUGUUCGGCAACAUUGUACAUUUCACUUGCGUCAUUUAUAAUAAUCAUCAUCACCGUCUUGUCGAUGCAUAAGGGUGAUUUCGCCAGUGCCCAAUUUGUCUUUGUUGAUUUCAACAACGGUACAGGGUGGAAUUCAGCUGCCAUUGCCUUCAUUGUAGGGCUAAUCAACCCCAAUUGGAGUUUCUCGUGUCUUGAUGCCGCCACACAUAUAGCUGAAGAAUCAUUAAACCCCGCCGUGCAAAUUCCACAAGCGAUAAUAGGUACAGUUAUUGUUGGUUUCGUCACUGCCUUCACCUACUGUAUUGCCAUUUUCUUUUGCAUUCGCAACUUGGAUGAUAUUUUAGCCUCAAACACGGGAGUGCCAGUUAUGGAUAUCUUUUACCAAGCAACAAACUCCAAAGCUGCCGCCAUAGGGUUAGAAGUGUUGAUUUUACUCACGGCCAUUGGCUGCAACAUUGGGUGUCAUACAUGGUCUGCAAGGAUAUGCUGGAGUUUCUCACGCGAUAAUGGAUUGCCGUUGUCGAAAUACUGGGCUAGAGUCAAUACCAAAACGGGAACCGUAGUUAAUGCUCACAUCAUGUCGUGUUUUUGGGUUGGUGUCAUUGGAUGUAUUUAUUUGGGUUCAUCAACGGCAUUCAAUUCCAUCCUUGUGUCAUGUGUCGUUUUCCUCUUGUUAUCAUACAUGAUCCCCACAUUGUGUCUCAUUUUCCAAAGAAAUCAAAUUAAGCAUGGACCAUUUUGGUUGAAUAGAUUUGGAAUUGGGUUAAUUUGCAACUUGGUGCUUGUGGGUUGGUCAAUAUUUGCCACCGUGUUUUAUAAUUUCCCCUCAGUGAUGCCCGUGUCAAGUGGAAAUAUGAAUUAUUCAUCAGCUGUAUUUGGCGUCGUUUUCGUUAUAUGUUUUUUUGAUUGGGUGUUGAGAGGAAGAAAAGAAUAUGUUGAUAUUGAAGAAAGAGAACAACAUAAGGAAGAUUUGACAUAUCAUUUAUCGAAUCAAGUAUCAAAUAUAGAAGUGAUGUUGUCACAUCAGUAUGAGAAGCCGUGA